UCAAAUUUUUAGAAGUUAUCAAACCUUUCUGUGCGGUUCUACCAGAAAUUCAGAAACCUGAAAGGAAAUGCAAAGAAGAAUCACAGGAAUGCAUUCAAGAAGAUAUUGUGACUGCAUCAAAUUGUUCUUCCAUCAUUGUGCACUUCUGGAGAUAGGAUCCAGUUUAGAGAGAAGGUACUAUGGACUGCUAUAACUCUCUUCAUUUUCUUAGUAUGUUGUCAGAUACCACUGUUUGGAAUCAUGUCAUCAGAUUCUGCAGAUCCUUUUUACUGGAUGAGAGUUAUUCUUGCAUCCAACAGAGGAACUUUAAUGGAAUUGGGUAUCUCCCCUAUUGUAACAUCUGGUUUGAUUAUGCAGUUGUUAGCUGGAGCCAAAAUCAUUGAAGUUGGAGAUACACCCAAAGAUAGAGCUUUAUUCAAUGGAGCCCAGAAAUUAUUUGGUAUGAUCAUUACCAUUGGGCAAGCCAUUGUAUAUGUUAUGACGGGCAUGUAUGGGGAUCCUGCUGAAAUGGGUGCUGGAAUCUGUCUCCUUAUCAUUAUUCAGUUGUUUGUUGCUGGUUUGAUUGUGCUGCUGUUAGAUGAGCUGCUACAGAAGGGUUACGGCCUGGGGUCUGGUAUUUCCCUCUUUAUUGCCACCAACAUCUGUGAAACCAUUGUCUGGAAGGCCUUUAGUCCCACUACUAUUAACACUGGCAGAGGUACUGAGUUUGAGGGUGCAGUCAUUGCUCUCUUUCAUUUACUGGCCACCAGGACUGACAAAGUCCGAGCUUUAAGGGAGGCUUUCUACCGUCAGAACUUACCCAAUCUCAUGAACCUCAUUGCUACCGUUUUUGUGUUUGCUGUUGUUAUAUAUUUUCAGGGAUUUCGUGUUGACUUGCCCAUCAAGUCGGCCCGAUAUCGAGGACAGUACAGCAGCUACCCCAUCAAGCUCUUCUACACCUCGAACAUCCCCAUCAUUCUUCAGUCGGCCUUAGUGUCAAACCUCUAUGUUAUUUCCCAGAUGCUGUCUGUUCGAUUCAGUGGCAACUUUUUAGUUAAUUUACUAGGACAGUGGGCAGAUGUCAGUGGAGGAGGACCUGCUCGCUCUUACCCAGUGGGAGGUCUUUGUUAUUAUCUUUCUCCUCCGGAGUCCAUGGGUGCCAUAUUUGAGGAUCCUGUCCAUGUUGUUGUUUAUAUCAUCUUCAUGCUGGGAUCAUGUGCAUUCUUUUCUAAGACGUGGAUAGAGGUAUCUGGUUCCUCAGCCAAAGAUGUAGCCAAACAGCUUAAAGAACAGCAAAUGGUGAUGAGGGGCCACAGAGAUACCUCUAUGGUUCAUGAGCUUAAUAGGUAUAUCCCCACCGCAGCUGCAUUCGGCGGUUUGUGCAUUGGCGCCCUGUCAGUGUUGGCCGACUUCUUAGGGGCCAUUGGCUCUGGCACUGGAAUUCUGCUCGCAGUCACUAUUAUUUAUCAGUAUUUUGAAAUAUUUGUUAAGGAACAGGCGGAAGUAGGUGGGAUGGGUGCUUUGUUUUUCUAAAUGUUCCAGUACUUUUUUUGUGUGAAAGGAAAACAUUUUGACACAUUGUUUUUGUCAAAUAAUGCUGGCUUCCCUUUUCUCCCCUCAUUUUUUUUCCAAGUGCUAACUGUCCCAUUUCUGAAAUGGGCACCGAGCUAAGCCUGUGUGCAGCAUUAGUACCAGCUGCCUUAAAACCGAAGUUUACAUUAUUCGUUAGAAAACAUACAUGUAGUGUUGCCUGUGAUGCUGGAAACCAAUGUACCCGCCUUGCCGUGUUCAGUUUUGACGGUGAGGUAACGUGGAUCAGUUUUGCACACAACAUUCAAAACACUCACUAUUCCCCCCACUUGUUUAAAAAUAAAUAUAGUUCAGAUUGCCACUUUUCAGUAUUUUGGGCUUAUCUAUAUUUUAGAUAUAAUUACUUUUUAUACAUUUUAAACUCAUAGUAUCCACGUUCCAGCCCUCCCUUUCCAUUCCUCCCCUUUUAUUUGUCCCUUCUUAAAGCAGCCACUUAGCCCAGAUGGGCAGAACCAAGCUUCUUCAAGCUUCUGUCACUAGAAAAACUGCUUAUAAUUAUUACUGUUUUCCAUUCCUCUUUCUUCCCAGUGACAGCACGGUUGGUGCUGUUAUUACUGUAUUGGCUAUGCCUUCGAAUUCUAAGUCACUUGAGAAAGCUUUUUCAAGAUAUUAUGCCCCAGUUGUUUUUUUUUAAUCCCUAAAGCAGAGAUCUAAUUCUCAAGCAAUGUCUGUAGUUCAGUGGGGGUGAACAAUGAGUAAUUCAUGCUAGGAAUCUGUGUACGUUGUUGUACUUGACAGCAGCAACAUGAGUGUAAACAGUAGACAAUAAACUUAUUUAAUACAACUGUUUCAGUUGUGUUGGAAAAAUAAAAAAAUGUGAUAUUAAA